CGACUUGGAACAUUCUCACUUCACCGUUAUAUAUGCCAUCUUUCGCCGCAUGAUCGUCAUUGUUCAGACCAUUCAGGGCAAUCUUUAAGACUCUUGAACAUCAAACCAGCCAAGAUGCAUCCUACUAUUCUUGUUCUUACUCUCGGGGCCUUUGGCAUCGCUUCAGCCACCAGCCCCUGCGGCCACCACGACAGCGAGCCUCCAGAGGGAGAAUGGAGGGCGGCCAGAGCUGGAGAUAUGCGGAGUCCAUGCCCUAUGCUCAACGUCCUCGCAAACCACGGCUACCUGCCGCGCGACGGCAAGAACAUUGAUAAAGAAAUUACGCGUCAUGCAAUGAAGAAUGGUCUGAAUUUGGACAACGCUUUUGCCGACAUUAUGUUCGACCCCGCUCUCCUCACGAGCCCCAAGGAAAACUCCUCAACUUUCGACUUGAAUGAUCUCAACCGUCAUAACCUUCUGGAACAUGAUGGAAGCUUAAGUCGCGCAGACGCCUACUGGGAUGACUCUCAGGUCUUCAAUACAACAGUCUACGCGGAGACUCUGACAUACUUCAAAGGCGACACCGUCGAUCUGAAGUCUGCCGCUGCCGCUCGCCUGGCUCGCAUGACUACGUCGCAAAACACCAACCCGACAUUCUUCGUCAACAGCACGGCUCAAUCAAUCAGCUUGGGAGAGACGGGAGCCUACAUUCUGGCCCUCGGCGACAGAGUCGCUGGCACUGUACCUCUGGACCGAGUGAGGAUGAUGUUUGAGCAGGAGAAACUACCUUUUGAGCUUGGCUGGAGUCCUGCCGAAGUUGCUACGGCAGAGGACCUCUUCAACAUUACUCAAAGAGUCAUUGACAACACUGCCUUCCCGGAGCUGCGGGCUAGAAUGAACGGCGGUAUCCAUGCUGGGAUUGUUUCAAAGCACCUUGUUUAGUCAAGUGAUUGAGACGCGAUAUUUGAUGCUUGCACCUCGCUGUAUCACAGAGAUGCAUGACACAUCAGGCAUCUACUGAGCGGUUAGCUGUCAUAUAAAAUAACUGCUCAGUAUAUCCAUGGAAAAGAUAUCAUUCUAAAGUCCGGUCUCGGCCGGACUGGUAUAUUUUGGUUAUAAGUCCGGGCGUACAGAACCUCAGACAUGUUGGAGAUUAAUAUUAUUGUCAUUUGGA